AUUGAUGAAGGUCCGGUGAUGCACUCCCCUCGGACCCUUGGAUUCUGUAUGAAUAUGGUAUUCCGCAAUGCUAUUCGUACCAUGAAGGAUCGUGCGAUUCGAAAUGAUCAGCUGGAGCGUCGUUUGUCAGUUCAAACUCCGGAAGAUUUUGCUCGUAUGGUGUCCGAAAUUAACGAGAUUUGUGAUGCUUUGACAAGCAAAGGAGCCUAUCUUUUUGUAUUUCCUAAAGAACCUCCAAAACACGCAUUUUGGAGACUGAGUGUGGAUAUCUUUUGCCGGUUUUCCAGACGCGGCGGGGAAUUGUGUACACGUGUGAUGUCUCCGAAGGAAUUCCUCGCGCUUUACCUCGAAAUUCACCGACUUAAACAACUUUUCGAAGCAAGUCGGGCGGGUCCCUCAAAGACUGUCGACGAAUUGUCAACCGAUCAGGACCCUUGUUGUAUCUGCCUGGAUUGUAUGCCGGAUGUCAUUCUACCUUGUCUACAUUCCUUUUGCCACACGUGUAUUCAACAAUGGCAUGGUCAUUCCUAUAAACUACCGGGAAACGGUCGAUCAGUUAGCUCAGUCGAGCUAAGCCGAGGUGCUUCUGCGUCAAGAACCCAGCCAUCACCUGCUCUGAAUCGCUCUCAGUGUCCGAUUUGUCGGGAUACCUUUGAGGACACAUCAAACGCAUGGCAACUAGUCGAAUGUCCACCUCUGGAUGAGUGCAAACGCGACUUGGGCUGGCACAUCCGCAGGCUUAUUGAAUCAUCUGGCAGACCCGUUUCUUAUGCUCCCCAGGACUUGUUCCCCACUGCAGCCAUUCCUGGACAGGGAACAAAACCUUCAGAUAGUCUUUUGGAUCCUUCUGUUCUGUAACUUCUGUACUCAGAGUGUUUGCUUUCCUCCUGUUUCUCACUACCUGAUUUAUACAUCACGUUUGACACUGCUUGUUUCCAAUAAUUCGCUUGAACCGGACAGCUGUGUUACAAAAUGUCUUUCAGGUCAGAAAUCGCGUAUACUCUCCUUAGUAUUGGUUUCGACGCUUCCUGUAUCAUAUAUUGACUUUUUUGACGAAUCAGUCAUCAUCUUUAUGAUGAAUAUAUGGUAGUAGGAAAGCUUUGCUGUUCACCAAUAGUAUGCAGUACUUAUACCUUAUCUUUCUUCCCUACUGUGAAACUCCAAACUAUUUUAUUCUGUUGAACUCAGUUGUUUCUGUCCCAGGUUCUUGGGACUCUAAGAUUGUUCACAAAACUUUCUGAAC